CUAAUUUCAAUGAGGGCCUUUAAAGUUUUUGUCACAUUAACCAGAGACUGAGACCAUUUUCACCUCAGUCUCUCUUCGCUUCUCUCUUUUCCUCCGCCACCGCCACCGCCACCGCCACCGCCGCCGACGCUUGCUUUUCCGGCGACAUACUUUCUCCGACACGAAGCGUUUAAGCAAAUAUAUAAGAAAAAGUGGAAAUCGGUUUCAGCGUCUCCAGAUCUCUCCAUUGCGUAACAUUCAACUCUUGAGUUGGAGAACUUGGCUUCUCUUUCCGAUUUCAAGCUCCGUUUAUCUUCCGGAUUCGAUUUCAGAAUCUACAUUUCCCCGAUAUCGCUAUGGACCGCCGGAGUUGGCCUUGGAAGAAAAAGUCAUCUGAAAAAGUUGACAAAACAGCUUCUGUGCUAGAAGCUGCUGUUGCUAAUUCUCAUGUUGACCAGAAGCAGGAUAAUGUCAAGAAGCCAAAGUUUGUCCAAAUUUCUGUGGAGCAGUAUACACAUCUCACUGGUCUGGAGGAGCAAAUGAAGACAUAUGAGGUUCAAGUCAAGUCUUAUGAGGAGCAGGUUAAGGCAUAUGAUGAUCAAGUUCAGCAAUUUGAAGACCAGGUUCAGACCUAUGACGAACAGGUUCAGACAUAUGAAGAGCAGGUCGAGGGCCUGAAUGAGGAGAUUAAGGAUUUGAAUGAAAAGCUUUCUGCUGCAAAUACCGAGAUUACUGCAAAAGAGGCCUUGGUAAAACAACACUCCAAAGUUGCUGAGGAUGCUGUCUCAGGCUGGGAAAAAGCUGAAGCAGAGGCUUUGGCAUUAAAGAGCACCCUGGAAUCUGUUACGCUCUCAAAGCUCACUGCUGAAGAUCGUGCAGCACAUCUAGAUGGCGCACUAAAAGAGUGUAUGAGGCAGAUACGGAAUUUGAAGGAAGACCAUGAACAGAAAUUGCAAGAUGUUAUUUCGACCAAGACCAAGCAAAUGGAAAAACUAAGGCUGGACUUUGAAAAGAGAAUCUCUGACUUUGAACAGGAGCUGCUAAGAUCAGCAUCUGAUAACGACGCUCUCUCCAGAACUUUACAAGAGCGGUCCAACAUGCUGGUCAAAAUAAGUGAAGAUAAGUCACGGGCUGAGGCUGAGAUCGAGCAUUUGAAGAGCAAUUUAGAAUCAUGUGAAAGAGAAAUAAAAUCUCUCAAGUAUGAAGUCCAUGUAGUUUCCAAAGAGUUGGAAAUACGCAAUGAAGAGAAGAAUAUGAGUAUUAGAUCUGCAGAAGUAGCAAACAAGCAACACAUGGAAGGGGUGAAGAAAAUAGCUAAGUUGGAAGCAGAGUGCCAGCGACUAAGAGGACUUGUGAGAAAGAAACUGCCUGGACCAGCCGCACUUGCUCAAAUGAAGCUAGAGGUUGAGAGCUUAGGCAGGGACAAUGGAGAUGUCCGGAUAAAGAGAUCUCCUGUCAAGUCUUCAAGUCCACAACGCAUGUCCCCAAGGGGACAUUCACCGUCUGGCUCUGACUUUUCUCUUGAAGAUCCACAGAAGUUCCAAAAGGAGAACGAGUUUCUAACAGAACGUUUAUUGGCAAUGGAAGAAGAGACAAAGAUGCUGAAAGAAGCUCUUGCAAAGCGCAAUAGCGAGUUGCAGGAGUCACGUGAUCUCUGUGCUCAAAGCAUGAGUAAGCUUCAAAGUUUGGAAACCCAAAUCCGACAAAUUAGUUCUCAGAGAUCCUCUCAUGAAGUGUGUCCAAACCAAAAUGCAAGCUCAAUCUCUGUGUCUGAAGAUGGAAAUAUUGAUUCAGGAAGUGGCAGCGAGUAUUUGUCAGCAACCCCAUCUCAAGCAAAGAAAGAGGAGUUGGCAACACUCGAGAAGGCUGACAGUGUUAAUAGUCACAUGGAGCUUAUGGACGACUUUCUUGAAAUGGAGAAGUUAGCAUGUUCGCCAAAUGACUCCAAGAGAAAUGGGUCUAUGGAUUCCAAAGAUUCUUCAACCGAACAACUGUCUGACAUGGUGAAUUCAAAUGCAGAAAUGGUGGAGCCUGAUGCAAAUAAACCAGCAGUGAUGGGACUCCGGUCUAAGAUAUCUAAGGUUCUUGAAUCUGUAUCUAUUGAUACUGACCUCAAAAAAAUCGUAGCGGAUAUCAAAAGUAUUUUGCAAGAAGUGGAAGAUUCCAUUGAUCAGCACAAGCCUGCUGCUGAGAUAGCAUUUAACAGGCGGAUUCAUCCUGAAGAAGGGGAGGUCGAUUCGAUUUCAGAGAUUAUCCCAUCGGAGGAUUGCCAGUCGGAGAAAGAAAGGAUACAGAGUGUCAAUGAAGACUUGGUAAAUGCCCUUUCUCGGAUUCAUGACUUUGCACUGUUAUUAGGCAAAGAGGCCAGGGCGGUUCAUGACGCCUCUUUCGACUGCAAUGGUUUCGGCGAAAAAGUUGAGGGCCUUACUGCCGCAUUCAACAAUGUUUUGAAUGGUGAGAAAAAUCUGGACGACUUUGUUUCUGAUCUCUCUAACGUCUUGACCGAAGCAAUGGAGCUAAGAAUAAACUUUACGGGUUUCACUGGCUCCGAAGAAGAAACUCUGAGCCCAGAUUGCAUAGACAAGGUUGCGUUACCCGAGAGCAAGGCUGUUGAUAAAGAUUCAUCCAAAGAAAUAUACCAAAAUGGUUGUGUCCACAUCAACGAUCCCGGGGUUCCUUGCGACGAGAACACCAAUUCGUGCAACGUCUCAUUGCAGGAGAUUGAAGAACUGAAAUCAGAAAAAGAAAAGAUGGCAAUGGAUCUUGAACAAGUGAAAUCAAAGUUGCAAGAAUCCGAGCAGCUUUUAGCCGAGAUUAGAUCGCAGUUUGCUUCCGCUCAGAGGUCAAACAACUUGGGGGAGACACAACUCAAAUGUAUGACCGAGUCAUACAGAUCGCUUGAAGCACGGGCAGCUGAUCUAGAGAUAGAAGUGAAUCAGCUGAAAGAAACAAUACAGAAGUUGCACAAGGAGCUUGAUGAUGAAAGGAGGAGGCACAAAGAUGCUGUUGCCAAGUGCCAAGAACUCCAAGAACAGAUUCAAAUGAUUGAGCACUCUUCUUCUGCUCCUGUUCCCAACGAUGAUGAUGAUAUCAAGCCCAAACAGGAGAGAGAGUUAGCGGCAGCAGCAGAGAAGCUUGCAGAGUGCCAAGAAACCAUAUUCCUAUUGGGGAAGCAACUGAAGUCUCUACGUCCACAGCCCGAACAAAUGGGAUCUCCACGUAGCCAAAGCAGCCAGAAAAGCGAAUACUACUACCACUCGGAAGAAGAACACAUCUCAAGCACAGAGACCAGCAAGAACAUCAUCCAAGAUUUGGAUCUCGGCGAGACAGACGAGGUUCCUCGGUUCUUGGAAUCACCCAAAUGCGCUUCCGACAUGGAGACCAACCCCGCAAUGAGAUCACCGGCUGGUUCGAAGCACGUGAAUCACGUGCAUUCGAGGUCGUCAGGUUCGUCUUCUUCUAGCUCCAACACCCCCACCCCCGAGAAACCCUCUAGAGGAUUCAGCAGGUUCUUCUCUACCAAGUGAAAACUGUCUCUCUCCGGCGAGUUUGAAGCUUUUUUUCCUAUUGAGAGUUUAUGAGCUGGGAAGUGUGUGUGUGUCUAACGAGAUGUGUACAUGCUGUAAUAAUCGACACGUGUGGCUUUUGUUCUGUUGACUUUUUAUGUAAUUCCAAUGACCGCAGAUAAAGUUUUAAGAAAAAAAAACGUGGUGAUCAAACGCCAUGUAUGUCUGUUUGGAAAAGGAAACGG